CAGCAACCUCCGCGUCCAAGCAACGGAUACACUACAAUCACAAGCACUGACUCCAUCGGCGUACGUUGAACACAAGCACAAACUACGCAUCGCAGCUACGAAUCGCGAUUACCGAAGACGGCAACAAGAAGACCCGGCAACGCAGCAAAAAAAAGAAAAGAAAAACAAUGAGCUUCCAACUCCCCGCCCCCACGCACCGCAAGCGCACCCUCCCGCAGGGCGAACUCGAGGCGGCGUCGACGCUGCGCCUCGGCGCGGACCAGAACACCCAUACGCUGUCGCUGUCCGAGGCGCGGCUGGUGAUCAACAAGGUGUUGGAGAAUAAGCGGCGCGGGGGGAAGAAGUAUGAGGAGCCUGAAAACCUCACCAAAACCCUGGACUACCUGGAGGUGUUUGCGCGGUUCAAGGACGAGGAGAACAUCAAGGCGGUGGAGCGGUUGUUGAACUCGCAUACAGAGUUGGAGAUGUUUGAGCGGUCGCAGCUUGGCAGUCUGUGCUGCGAUAAUGCGGAGGAAGCGAAAUCGCUCAUCCCGAGUCUGCAGCAUAAGAUCUCGGAUGGGGAUUUGCAGGAGCUGUUGGAUGAGUUGACUAAGUUGCGGAACUUCACUGAGUAGAGGUGAUUAUGGUUAAACAUCUGCUUCUGCGGAUUUGCUUGAAAGUUUGGGAGGGGGAAAGGAAAUUCUAGCAUGGAGUUCUGGUGUUGUUUUUUUGGUCUUGUUUUAUCUUGUCUUGUUGUUGAUGUGUUGGUCAGUGGAACGGGGUAAGUUAUAGUAGAGGGAUUUGUUUAUGGCAAGGGAAUCAUGUCGUCAUGCAUGGGAUGGGCAGAAAGUGUAGACUACUACUAUAUCCAUGAUGACCACGGAAAUCUCCUCAAAAGCGAUUGCACCGUUCGGAAAGUUAAUAAAAUCGCCGGAUAUCACACCAAG